AUGAAAAUAAGAUUGCUGUGUGAAAUAAUAUCUAUGAUUUUGCUACAUGUAAUAUUUUAUAAGGUGUCCAUUUAUUAUUUAUUGAGGUAUUUAGACAUUUUAAAUCAUUCGAAUAAAUUUAAUAAAAAUAUUUUUUUUAUAACUUUUUUAGUUUGUAUGUCAAUAUUUUCACUUUUUUUAUUUGAGUUAUCAAAUGUAGUAUCGAAUGUUAUAAUAGCCUAUGUAUGGCAUAUAGACAUAUGCAUUUUAGUAUGUGUGUUAUAUAUAGUUAUUCCAGUAGAGUUUAUAAAUACUAUAUUUGAUUCAAACAACUAUAAAGAAAUAAUAUCGCCAGAGUUUUAUUCUCAUUCACAUAUUAAGUUGAUAAAGAAGUAUUACAUGAAAAUAAGUAGGAUAUACAAACACCAAAAUGGAAUUAGUAAAAAAAUAAAAAAGCAUUUAUUCCUUUUUCGAAGUAUUAUAUUUUUAUCUUUUCUUUGGUUAAGUGUAGGAGCAUUAAAAAAUAUGAUUUAUAAAAAAAACUACAACUAUGUAAUUGCAGGUGAUAAUUCUAUAAACAUUAGAAAAUAUAUAUUAUACAAUAAACAUGGGGAAAAACAUGAUCAGAAUAAAUAUUUCUACAAAACAGUUUUCUUUUUUUUUGAAAAAGAACAUAAAUGCUACAAUUACUAUUUAAAUAACUCGGAUGAAGAAUAUAAAAAGGACAAGAAACAAAAUUUUCAAAAUUAUUUUUAUCAAAUGUAUCACAUUCUUUAUAUCGUUAUUUUUAUUUUAAUCAAUCGAUUUUUAUUACUUUACAAAUUUGUUAUUAGAGAGUUACUAAUAAAUAUAUGUGCACUAGGAGUGACAACAAAUUCUAUAGUUGCUGGUAUAUCAUCCCUUUAUUUUAUAUAUGACUACAUUAUUACCUUUAUUUAUUAUUUACAAAUACCAAAAAUACAAAUACAGAUAUAUAAUAUUGAAGAGAGGAUUUUAAUAAAUUUCACAAAUUAUAUGUUUAAAAAGGAAGAACUGAAAAAGUUACAGAGUAAUAUUAAUAUUCAUUCGAGUCCAUUUUUAUAUGAGCCAAAAAGGAGUGCUUACUACAUUGGGGAGGGCGAGAAGAACAAGCUAAAGUCAUUGGAAGAGGGUAUUGAAGAGAAGGAAGGGAAAGAGGUGAACAAUGUGAAGGAAGCAAAAGGAGCGAAGGAAGCACAAGAAGGGUUAGUAGAGAAAGCACAAAUAGGAACAGGGGAACGACGGAACGGAGGAGUAAACGCACAAAAAAUAUCCGCAAAUAAGCGAAGGAAAAGAAGUAAUUCCUUAAAGAAAGCGUCUCUCCUUGUAAGUUUCACGAACAGAUUAAAAAGUAUGUGCACAUUUAAAAAUAAUAAUUUAUUAAAUUAUGGAGGAAGUAGACAAAUCACUUGUAAUGAUACUGCUAUUUAUGAGGAAAAACAGAAAUAUUUAAAUUCGUCAAAAAAAAAAUACCUUAAACGAAGUUCACAUAAUAAUGAACAAGUAAAAAAUAAAAAAAAAAAUGGAAAUUUUAGUGACCAUGAAUCUACUGUAAUUAAUUAUUUUUAUAAAAAUAUAAGUAAAAGUAAUACGAACAAUUUAAAAAGAUCAAAUAGUUGUCCACUCUCCUUUUCUGAAAAUAUUUUUUCUUCUUCUGAAGAGGAUGAAAUGAGUGGAGAUAUAAGUGAAGAACAGAGGUUAAAACCGCCGAGGAAAUACAAAUCAUUACAUAAUACAGCUUUCGACAAACCUAUUAAGUCCAAAAGUAAAAGCAAUAAAAACAUGACUGCCACCCCUUUGAAUCGUAAUUAUUACUCCAUUUACAGCUGUUACGAUAGUUUGAAUAAGAAGAAAAGAAAAAAAAGGAAAAAAAAAUCAAAUGAAAAAAAAUUAAAUGAAAAAAAUGAAAAAAAAUCAGAUGAAAAAAAUGAAAAAAAAUCAAAUGAAAAAAAUGAAAAAAAAUCAGAUGAAAAAAAUGAAAAAAAAUCAGAUGAAAAAAAUGAAAAAAAAUCAAAUGAAAAAAAGGAUAAAAAAGCAAAUGAAAAAAUGACAAAUCGAAAUAUCGAAAACAACAAUAUAUCUAAAAAAAUUUUAUUCAAGAGUGUAAGUUUCCCCAUGAAUAAUUUCCCCAAAACAAUGCAGAAUAAUGCACACAAAAAAAAAAGAAAAAUAGAGAGUGUCCAGUUUUUAUAUGAACUCGAGAAAAAUUUACAUUUAAAAAAUGUAAAUUCUUUUGACAAUGAUGUGGACUAUGACAAUGGGGGUAACAGUGAUGAUGAAAACGAUAGUGGUUAUAAAAACGAUAGUGGUUAUAAAAACAAUAGUGGUUAUAAAAACGACAGUGGUUAUAAAAACGACAGUGGUUAUAAAAACAGUAAUGACUGUAAAAGUGAUAGUGGUUAUGAAGACAACAGUGAUUACGAUGAUGCAAAUAGUUAUGACGACGAAAUGGCGAAGGUAUUUAGUGAACGUUGCAGUAGCCAUCCUAUUAAUGAUGAAACUAAAACUUUGUACGAAACAAGUAAUAACGAAAUAAGGAAAAUACAGAAUAUAGAAAAUUAUAAUAAACUUAAAAAAGAAAUUGAAGAUAUUGUUUAUACAAAUACAAGUAUGUAUUAUUCAUUGAAUGCUAUACUAAGUAGAAAAUUUGAAAUUCAAAAGAAUACAAAAUGCCUAUUCGGUAAAAUUAAUGUCUUUUUAAAUUCUGUUAUGUUCCUUACAGUAAUUUAUAAAAUUAUAAUGUCCACUUUAAAUAUAAUAUUUACAAGGAUACAUAUGAGAGAUCCAAUUUCUAAAAUUAUUGAAAAAAUAUGUAUAUUUUUUAAUAUCAGAUAUAACACAGCUAUUAUGUAUGCACCAUAUAUAUCCUUAAUAUAUAUAUCUUAUAUUGUAGCAAUAAAUAUGAAAAAGUUUCUACAACAGGUUAUUCAAAUUUCUACCUACUUUUCAUUUUAUUUUAAACUUUUUUCAAAUAUGUGGAUUCUUUUAAUUUCAGAACUUAUGGGUCUAUAUUUUAUUACUAAUUCUUUAAUCUUAACGUCUUACCUACCCGUAAAUUACAAUCAUAUUAUGAACUUUGUUAUAAGAAAUAAUUAUGACUAUAAUGUUUUCCAGUUGCAUUCUGAUUAUGUUUUUAUUUCAUCCUUUGCGACCACGUUAAUGUUUUGUGCCUUAUACAUGACAUAUUUUUAUUUUUACUAG